ACUAGUGUUCCAUUAAGGACCCUACAAUCAUUUAUUAUUUCUUUCUCUAUUUCUCACACUCUUUCUUUUUCUAUUCUUUCACGUAUCUCUUCCAUAUUACUACUCUUUAGCUUCAACAAAACUAUUUGAGCAGCUUGAAUUAGAUCAACUUUACAAGAGUUUAAGCACUUAAGCACUUUUUCAAUGGGAAGAACACCUUGUUGUGAGAAGAAUAAUGGUCUUAAAAAAGGACCUUGGACAACUGAGGAGGAUCAAAAACUCAUUGAUUACAUUCAAAAACAUGGUUAUGGCAAUUGGAGGACACUCCCAAAGAAUGCUGGUUUGCAAAGAUGUGGUAAAAGUUGUCGUCUACGUUGGACAAACUAUCUCCGACCAGACAUAAAACGAGGUCGAUUUUCAUUUGAAGAGGAAGAGACUAUAAUUCAACUACAUAGCAUUCUUGGCAACAAGUGGUCAGCGAUUGCAUCUCGAUUACCAGGAAGGACGGACAACGAAAUAAAGAACUACUGGAACACACACAUUAGAAAAAGGCUUUUGAGAAUGGGAAUUGAUCCGGUAACACAUAGUCCUAGACUUGACUUAUUGGACCUCUCUUCUUUUCUAUGUUCAUCUCAAAUGAACAAUUUCCAAAAUCUCCUUAACAUGCAACAACCUUUGGUCAUGAAUCCUGAGCUUCUAAAGUUACUCUUCGCAACCUCAUCACAUCAACAAGAUUAUAGUAAUAAUCAAAACCAACCCUUCAAUCCUCCAAUACAAAAUCAAAUUCCACUUUCAAAUUUUGGUCAAUUCCAAGACCAAGUUCAACAAGUACCUAAUUUUAAUGCCAAUGUUUGUACUACCACAUUCACCACCCCUUGUGUUUCAUCUUCAUUACCUAAUGAAUCACAUUUAUUUGAACCCAAAGUUGAACCAUAUACAUCAAAUUUCAAUGACCUUAGUAAUUACCAACAAUAUUUUGGUCAUGAUAUUGAAAAUUGGCAUGAAAAUGGAUUUGGUUUAAGUACCUUAAAAGAGGAUUAUGUACCUCAAUUAUCAAGCCAUAAUUAUUAUUAUGGUUCAGAUAAUCAAAAUCUCAUGUAUCGAAAUUCAAACCAAAUUUUAUCAACACCAUCAUCUAGUACUACUCCAACACCUUUGAAUUCAAAUUCCACGUGUAUCCUUGGGAGCAAUACAGAAGAUGAGAGAGAAAGUUAUGAAAGUUGUAAUAGGUUGAAUUUUGAAAUCCCUGCACACAUUUUAGAGGCCAAUGAUUUCAUGUAAUAUGCUAUGGUCGAUUUAAUCGGAUUCUUCAUCAUCAUCAACAGUUAAAUCAACCUAACAUGUUGAUUAUUUCACCCUUUGUUUUUGGUGGGAUAUAUAUAUAUAUAUAUAUAUGGUAUAUAUCUAUGAUUCCUUUGGUUUGGUGGUACAUGUUGAUAUUUGUAACAUUUCCUAUAUUAUUGAUUGAUAAAGUUUAUCUUUGUUAAUUCAGAUUUUCCUCUACUUAAUUCUAAAAUUAUAUAUCAAAGUUUAUUGCUGCU